AUGAUUACUAUGUGGUUUUUCGGCGACUAUAACACGUGUUCUGUUGCCAAAAUGGCAGUAACAAAGAAACCCGUAGCCAAGAAAGGCCAGUUACAUCAAAAGACUGGUAAAAAGGGAGUCAAGGGUGGCAAAAUUCGCGGCAAAGGCCAAAGAAGGAAAAUCAGUCUUAAGUUUGCAAUUGACUGCACACAUCCCGCUGAAGAUAGUAUUCUGGAAGUCGGAAACUUCGAAAAAUACUUAAAAGAACGUGUCAAAGUUGAGGGAAAAACAAAUAACCUAGGCAAUCACGUUGUCAUCGCGAGAGACAAGACUAAGAUUACCAUCAGCGCAGACAUUCCCUUCUCCAAGAGGUACCUGAAGUACUUGACAAAGAGAUACCUCAAGAAGAACAACCUGCGUGACUGGCUCCGAGUGGUGGCUUCAGCUCAUGACUCUUAUGAGCUUCGCUACUUCAACAUCAAUGCCGACAGCGACAAUGAGGACAAUGAAGAU